GGGGGGGGGGGGGGGGGUGUGCACUCGCCGAUACAACGGAGCACUUUUUUUGGCGACUGAGAGGACCUCUUGUGGCUCCCAGCAUCUCCGUCCGUCCCUCGGUUGGUUUUGUCCGGCGUUGGUUGCCGUCACCCCCUGGAUUUUUAUUUAUAACCGACAAGAAAAUUGGAUGGGACGCACACACGGGCAAGACAAUCCCGGAAAUAGCAUGCGUACUCUCAGUCUGUCACGUAGGCUACGCUCACUGUGGAUUUGCAUUACAGGCUGCCCUGGAUACCCUGCACGGCCUCAACAUGUUUAUAAAACGGAUAAAAACAAAUACUCAGCUUGAGAGUACUAAAUGAGAGUGACUGGUGAAAUAAAGGCACGUAGAAGAGGACUUGGACAUGCAACUUCUAGUGGCUGUGGCAAAGAUCCUCUCCAUCAGAGAAAGCAGCAGCUCAGCUAGAAAAUGAAGCGAGGACGUGUGCUACGUGCGCAUCCAGCAGAUGACGAGGUGAAAUGGAGAGCUUGGGACACACGGACCUUUUAAACCCAAGCUCUUCCCGCGGAUCCGUCGCUGUUUCAGCCUCGCAGGAGAGAAGGACGAGCGGCCAGCAGAGCGUCUUCGGAGCGGCAGAGAUUCACCACACACACCGGUCCGACAUGGGGCUUAACGGCUUCUGCGCGGCGCCGGUCGGGAGUCCAACGGCCGCGGAGUUACUCGCGGGUCUGGCCUCUCAGACCGACUCCCCUGCAAUCACAAUCCCGACGAAGCAGUCCAAAACCGGCGUGCCGCUCUACAAUGGCGGGGUGGUGCCUCCAUCUGCCACCGUGGAGGGAAGCCACGCAGGCGUUUUGGCCCACACGCCAAACGGGUACCCGGUACAACUCAAGGGGACGGCGGGGGUAACUGGCGGCCCUAUGCACCCCCUCACCAGCAGAGUCCGUCUGACGGUGAACGGAGACCGGACAGCUCAUGAGAAGUGUUCUUUAGUGACGAGGAGGAUCAAUGGGGACCUGAAGGCCAGACAGGUGCAACAACAGAAACGCAGAGCUGGAGAGAACCGAGACAUGGGGUCAGGAACUCCUAACGGUCUCAUAAUGGGGUCAGUGGGGUUAGGAAGUUCUGUGAACCCGGUUUUUGCAGCGGGAGACUCAGAUUCUAAGUGGAGAAGGCUGGCAGAUGGGAGUGCGGCUCACAAGUCUUUAGAGGCCCCCAGAGGGGGCCGAGCAGUUGCCCCGCUUAUGGUCACAGUCAACUGCAGCAACAGUUCUCAUAGCAACCAAAUGACUUUCAAUCAUUUACACUGUUUCAAUCCCCAAUCUCCCUUAACCCAUCAAACUAACCAGCACAACGGACAUAAAGUGGCCUCUUCAGGCCCACCAGCUGCACCCAGCCAGACUUCCCACAUCGAGGCUAAGUGCAUCCCGACCCCACCACCUUCUGCAGGGGCUGGCUGGUCAGCAGAGCACAUAGCCCAGCAGUACAUCAUCCCCUGCAUGAAGUACUAUGGCAUCUGUGUGAAGGAUAACUUCCUGGGCCCUCAGUUGGGCGACAGGGUCCUGGACGAGGUGGAGGUCCUAAACCGUAGCGGAAAAUUUCGGGGCGGGCAGCUGGUGAGCCAGAAGAGCAUUCCCUCUCGGAGCAUCCGGGGAGACCAGAUCGCCUGGGUUGAGGGACGAGAGCCCGGGUGCGAGAGCAUCGGGGCGCUGAUGGCUUACAUCGACGAGGCCGUCAUGUACAGCGCUGCCAACGGACAGCUCGGCGACUGUGUCAUCAAUGGACGCACUAAGGCAAUGGUCGCUUGUUACCCAGGGAACGGGGCAGGGUACGUCCGUCAUGUUGACAACCCUAACGGUGAUGGACGCUGCAUCACGUGUAUCUACUAUCUCAACAAAAACUGGGAUGCCGAGAAACAAGGAGGGUUGCUACAGAUCUACCCUGAAGGCAAAAAUGUGGUAGCCAGCAUCGAACCUUCGUUUGACCGGCUGCUCAUCUUCUGGUCGGACCGCAGGAACCCACACGAAGUCAAGCCAGCCUACGCCACUCGCUAUGCCAUCACAGUCUGGUACUUUGAUGCCAAAGAGAGAGCUGAAGCUAAAGAGAAGUACAGAUUGGCAUCAGGACAGAAAGGUGUUCAAGUGCCUGUCACGCAAAACAGCAGGACAUAAAUCUCAUCUAAUCACUGGAGAGCACUCCGAAAGUAUUAUGUGCCUUCCUGAACUGCUAUUGGACAUCGCGAUCAAAAGGGGAGACACUGGUAAACUGUUAGUCAUCAAUGCUGCUCCAUACCACUCUUACAGUGUCAGCUGUCGGAUUCUCGCCACGGGCUGCGAUGUGAUUUUUCUCCGUCAUGUGAUCAGGCUGCUGAUUAAAGACUUGGCAGAUAUAGAGCACAACAGACUCCAUUAUGAUGUGAGAUCAUAAUUACACAUCGUGGCUAAAGAAGAAGAAAAUAACUUUGACGUCUCGCUGACUAAUGUGUGAAGACCUCAAGCUGAACGGAAUUGUUAUUUUUUUUAAUUUUUUUUGGCUGUUUGGUUAUAAGUGAUGUGAUGUAUUGAGGAAUCAUUGAUUUUCUCUGCUCUUGUGUCAUUUUCAAUUCAAACACAAGGAGCAUUAAUGAUGAAUCAGCAGGCAGACAUUGGGGAAAAGGUGCGCAAGGAGUAGAAAUGAAUGGUGUUGUCCCUGGAAUAACUUAUGUCCCUUUGUCUCAUGAUGUAGGCAAGUCGUGUGUAAAAACAGAGGCACAGAAAAGAGAAAAGUUGCCCUUUGGCACUCAUGCAGUCGGUCCAGGUUCAAGCACUAACCCUGAACAUUACAGGGACACACGCUUGAAAACUUGCAGGGAGGAGAACACUGCACCGUAGUUUGACUAUAUAGCACACUACGUAGUUCAAUUAGUGUUUCUGGACUUCUUAAUUCAGUGCCAGGCUAGUACUAAAAUAUGUUUUGCAACGGUCUCAAAAUUGUUAGUUUGACAAAAACGCUGAAUAAUCCAGCAUGGACAUUUUUUCUGUCGAUACAAUGCGUAAAGUUGAAAUUUUUUUUAAUGUAACAUGAAGUGCUAUCUGUAUGACACGGCUCACACUUGAGACAAGAGGAAAGCUUUCCAGUGAAGAAGGUAAAAACGUGUGUGUGUGUGUGUGUGUGUGUGUGUGCUGAGUCUUAACAAGAUGGAAACAGUAGGUCUGCUCAGUGCAGUGUGGACACAUGUCGGACAAACCUGCCCAAACAAAAGACCAUCUACUUUAUAAAGCACAGAGUUAAGCAUACACUGUAUGUGGACUGCAGGGUCAAACUACUGCGUUCUUGUGUGUGGGAUUGAGUGUUUGUGUGUUAGUGUAUACGUAUGUAUGUGACAAUUUUCACGGUCUCAAAGAGCGUUGCAAAAUUGUCUGCAGAUUGGUUAAGAAGGUUAUUUAAAAAAAAAAAAAAGCACUUUAUUGUUUAAAAUGCCAUGCGGUAAUGAUAGAAA